CGCGACAUCGACUACCUCCUCCUGAGACCCGGACGGUUCGCCGGACCGGGGUUCGAGCCGGGCGAGGACGUGAAGACGCUGCUGCACGAUCACGUGAAACUCUUGGUCGUCGGCGCGGGCGGGCUCGGGUGCGAGCUCCUGAAAGACCUCGGGCUGUCCGGGUUUAAGGACAUUCACGUCAUCGACAUGGACACGAUCGACGUCUCGAACUUGAACCGGCAGUUCUUGUUUCGCGAUCAGGACGUCGGGAAGAGCAAGGCCAUCUGCGCGGCGGAAGCGAUCGAGCGACGCAUCUCGGGGUGCAAGGUCACGCCGCAUCACUGCCGGAUCGAAGACAAGCCCGACGAGUGGUACCAACAGUUCCACGUCCUCGUCAUGGGCUUAGACUCCAUCGAGGCCAGGUCGUACCUCAACGCCGUCGCGUGCGGGUUCUUAGAGUUCGACGAGAACGACGAGGUGAUUCGCGAGACCAUCAAGCCGAUGGUCGACGGCGGCACCGAGGGUUUCAAAGGCCACGCGAGGGUCAUAUACCCCGGGAUCACGCCGUGCUUCGAGUGCACGCGGUGGUUGUUCCCACCCCAGAAGGGGUUCCCGCUGUGCACCAUCGCGGAGACGCCGCGGUGCGCCGCGCACUGCGUGGAGUACGCGCGGCUGAUUCAGUGGGGGAAGGAGCGGCCGAACGAAACCUUCGACGGGGACGUUCAAGAGCACGUCGCGUGGGUGUACGAGCGCGCGAAAAUUCGCGCGGAGGCGCACGAGAUCGAGGGCGUGACGUACCGUCACACUCUGGGCGUCGUCAAGAAUAUCAUUCCGGCCAUUCCGAGCACCAACGCGAUCGUCGCCGCGGCGUGCGCGUUAGAAGUGUUCAAGAUGGUGACGAUGGCGGUCAAGGGGAUGAACAACUUCAUGAUGUACAACGGCCGCGAGGGCGUGUACACGCACACGGUGGCGUACGAGAAGGACGACGAGUGCCCCGCGUGCUCUCCCGGCGUCCGCGUUGAGUUUUCGCGGGACGUCGCGUUGGGAGACGUCGUGGACGCGUGCGUGAAGAAGUUUCCGAACCAGUGCGAGAAGCCGAGCGUGUCGUCGGCGACGGCGGGGCAUCUGUACAUGCGCGGCGUGUUCGAGGAGGAGACGAGGGCGAACCUGGGGAAGAAGCUCGUCGAUUUAGUC